GGAAAAGGAUACUGAAGACUGUCUCGGCUAGUGCAUUGUGGGUGCAACUUUGCUGUCGUCCCUGCAGCUUUGGCUCCCCUACCCUACAUGCCAGAGGCAUGCUACGGAGUUACCGCGUAUGAUUAGCUUAUCCCAUACUUUAACGCUUUCUGUGAUCAUCUUUAUGAUGCUGCUGACCGUUGUCAUUCUGAAGGUUCAGGUUAUGUUUCAGACCAUUCGCUCGAAGUUGACUUAUGUCGGCGGGAUCAUCGCCAAGACCUGAUCUGUCGAAUGCGCUUCUGCUUUUUCAACCAUCCUUCGAUUCGCCGGUCUGUUUCUCGUAUCCAUGUUCGGUCCGCCCUGUGGGUUACUUGGGAUCCCUAUUCGCAGGUUCAACUGGUUCAAUCCUGUCUUCUUUUGUCUUCAAUCAUGGGUUUGGCUCUCACCCCAAGUCUACUGUCAUUCCGCUGCAUUACUCCUGCUUUGGGAGGGGCAAUAGAGACUUAUUCUCGAGUUCAGCAGUGAUGGGACGGCUUUGUGGCGUGCAUGUUCCUUUCCCGGAUGACAGGAUUACACACAAGACAGGUAGAUCUGGAGGGAUCAUGUUGAUGAUGGGUGAAGGCCUCAUGGAGGCUGUGGUUGCCUUGGUUUACCGCGACCGGCGUACGGGCAAGAAGGUGAUUGGGAAGUUGCCGGGAGUGUGUUCCAGAUCUCGAGCGACGGCUGAAUGGUCAAUGACUUAUUCCGGACUGGAUGUGACUUCCGUGACGCACGUCGUAGAGACGGUGAUGGGCGGUGUGCGAGUGUGGAUGGACGGUCCGAGUUGUGCAAACGACAAGGAUAGUUCAAUAAGUGGCUAAGUAAAAGUACGUGUGGCCACCCUUCUGACACGGUGCGUGGCGGUUGGGAUUGGUCCGAGCGGGGAAAGCUUUUUGCUUCGAA